UACGGGAGACGUCAGUAAGGGAUGUCGCUCUUGUGGUUACAGGUUGGAUGCUGAGAGAAAUAGCGCGAGGUAGUUUGCUGAAUGGUGAGGAGGUGGGCUUGAUCAGUGUUGCCGUAACGGUAAUAUUUGUAACUUUUUGGUUCUUCCGUAUUGCAGCUGGCAAUCUUAACUGUAACCAAUUGUGCAACGAUAUCGGGAUUCAUCAUUUGCCAGGUGGCUGGCAAGCUAAUUCCAGUUAAGGCAUUUCUUCUGCUUUCUGCCUGACUAGUUUUUUUCAACAAUAUAGCCAACUAGCUAAGUUAACAUAGGCUAAUGGAAGUGGCUUUCUUGCUGGGCUCCAAGCGAACACUUUUCUGAACGGAAUAGGAUCUGGAAAUUUGAUAUGUUAAGCAUACAGUAUUGCACUGCUAACUUUCUCGUCAUGCGGCUUGGACUUCUUUUUCAACAGCGCUUGAUAUAGGCUACUGAUCGAACUGGAAAAAAGGAGGGAGCACUUUUGAACUUUAACUAAAAAGCAACACUACUUUUUGUGGGUACCCAGUGGUAAACCGACACUAUAAGGGAACAACGUGGAUAUUAUUGAACAGCAAAAAAAAAAACUGAGCUGGGUUUUGAUAGUGUGCACAGACCGGCUACGGCGGGUCUGCGCGAUGCCUGAUUUAACUGGUAUUGUUCUCUGGGGAGCGAGCAUGCAUGGUAAUAUCGUGGAUCCUUAGCCUUCUGGAGUGUCUGCAUUUGAGCCCUCACGAAGAUAUUUGUCUGUUUAACCGUGGGAUAUUACAGCUCUUCAAACAUGGAUGUUACGGUUUCCGAACUUAUGGCCAACUUUUUGGAUUCACCGCUGGUGGUUUGGGUGAAAACCUUGGGGCCUCUCGGUAACGGCUCGGAGGAUAAGCUGUCCGUGUUCAUGGACCUCGUGGAUGGCGUCUUCCUGCACAAGAUCAUGACACAGAUCGACCCCAGCCCCACAAACCAGCGAGUGAACAAACACGUCAACAAUGACCUCAACCUACGAGCGCAAAACCUCAAGAUUAUAAUCAGGCACAUCAAAAACUACUAUCAGGAGAACCUGCAGCAGCUCGUGGUUAUGAACCUGCCCAACGCCCUCUCCAUCAGCAAGGACCCUCUGUCAGCUAAAGGCAUGGAGGAGAUGAACCGGCUGCUGCUGCUGAUGCUCGGCUGUGCCGUGCAGUGCGAUCGAAAAGAGGAGUUUAUCGAGAAGAUCAAGCUGCUGGACAUCGAGACGCAGGCUGCUAUCGUCACACACAUACAGGAGGUGACCCAAAACCAGGAGAACGUUCUGGACCUGCAGUGGCUGGAGCUGGCGGACCUCCCGGCCGAGGAGCUGGACCCGCUCUCCCGCAGCAUGGCGCUGCACCUGCGGCGGCUCAUCGACGAGCGGGACGACUGCGUGGAGGCGAUCCUGGAGCUGACCCAGGAGAGGGACUACCUGCAGUCCCAGCAGCCCGCCGCCCCGCCGCUGAACUCCGCCCCCGAGCGCCCGCUCCUCCGCGGCGGCUCCGUCCCCAUCCUGGGCAAGGAGGAGCGGCAGCACCUGUCCGUGGAGCUGGCCGACAGCAAGGCCCGGCUGCGCCGCUCGCGCCAGGAGCUGGAGGAGAAGACGGAGCAGCUGAUGGACGCCAAGAACGAGAUCGAGAGGCAGGACCUGGAGCUGCAGAAACUCAAACAGGAGGGCAUGCAGCUGCUGGCGGAGGCGCGGUCGGCGCGGGUGUACCGCGACGAGCUGGACGCGCUGCGGGAGCGGGCGGGGCGCGUGGACCGCCUGGAGACGGAGCUGACGCGCUGCAAGGAGAGGCUGCACGACGUGCACUUUUACAAGACCCGCGUGGAGGAGCUGCGGGAGGACAACCUGACUCUGAUGGAGACCAAGGCUCUGCUGGAGGAGCAGCUGAGCGGGGCCAGGGGCCGCUGUGACAAGCUGCACGAGCUGGAGAAGGAGAACCUGCAGCUGCGCUCCAAACUGCACGAUGUGGAGAUGGAGCGCGAUGUGGAUAAGAAGCGCCUGGAGGAGCUGAUGGAGGAGAACAUGAUGCUGGAGGUCUCUCAGAAGCAGAGCAUGAACGAGUCGGCCCACCUGGGCUGGGAGCUGGAGCAGCUGGCCAAGAGCAACGACAGCGGGGAGGCGAGGAAGUCCUUCGUGUUUGAGCUGAACGAGUCUGCGCUGAGUCGUCUGCUGAAGCUGGAGAAGGAGAACCAGGGCCUCCAGAGCCGCGUGGAGGAGCUGCGGGAGGCCUCCCUCAACCUGGACCAGGCUCAGCUCCGCACCCAGGAGCUGGAGAAGGAGAACAACCAGCUCAACGAGAAGAUGGAGAAGCUGCAGGUGCUACUGGAACAGGAGAAGCAGGCCACUCACGACAUGGGGAACCUGGGGGAGGAGCUGCUGAAGGACAAGCAGAAGCUGGAGAAGGCUCUGGAGGCUGCCCAGGCCGAGAAAGACAGACAGGCGCAGGAGCUGGAGCACCUGAACCAGGCGGUGGCGUCGCUGCGCAAGCGCGCGCAGGAGGACAGCGAGGCGCGCGUGCGGGAGGUGGAGGCGGAGAACCGCGCCCUCCACCAGACCAUCUCCGACGCGCGCGGCAGGCUGGCGCAGGCCGAGGCCGAGGCGCGGCGGGCCGCCGAGGACCUGGAGCGGGCCCUGGAGCGGGCCGAGCGGGCGGGGGGGCUGGAGGAGGAGGUGGCCCGGCUGGAGGGCGCCCGGGAGGAGCUCCAGAAGCAGGCCGCCGCCCUGCCGGCGGCCCGGCAGCGGGCCGAGGCCCUGGAGCGCGAGAACGGCGGCCUGGAGCAGGACAACCGGCGGCUGAAGAAGCGGGCCGACGCGGCGCAGAACGCCGCCCUCCGGCUGGGCGCCCUGGAGGAGGAGCGCCGGCAGCUGGAGGCCGAGAACCUGGAGCUCCGGCGGGCCGCCAAGCAGCUCCGCCCGGCCGCCGCCCGCCUCCCGCAGGCCGAGGCGGAGCGGGCGGAGCUGGAGCGCGAGCGGGACGCGCUGGCGCGGGCGGCCGACGAGCUCCGCCCGCUGGCCAAGAAGGCGGAGCGGCUGGAGCUGAGCUGCGCGGCGCUGGACGCGGAGAACCGCCGGCUGCAGGGCUGCCUGGAGGGCGGGCGGGCCCAGGCCCAGGGGCUGGAGCGGGAGCUGCGCGAGGCCGGGGCCGAGGCCCAGCGCCUCCGCAGGGAGGCCGAGGAGGAGCUCCGGCCGGCCGCCCGGCGCCUGGAGGAGGCGGAGGCGGAGAGGCGGAGCCUGGAGCAGGAGGCGGGGCAGGCGGAGAAGGAGCGCAAGCAGGCGGAGAAGGAGGCGCGGAGGCUCCGGCAGCAGCUGGAGGCCAAGGAGGCGGCGCUGGACGAGAGCGCGGCCAGGGUGGCGGGCCUGGAGAAGGAGAACGGGGCCCUGGGCAAGGAGGUGGCCCGGCUGAGGGAGGCCGCCGGGAGGGUGAAGGAGCUGGAGAGGGAGAGCAAGGAGCUGCAGAAGCAGGCCACCAUCGACAAGAGGACCCUGGCCACCCUCAGAGAGGACCUGGUGAGUGAGAAGCUGAAGGUGCAGCAGCAGUGGAACGACCUGGAGAAGCUGAGCCACGAGCUGGAGAAGAUCGGCCUGAACCGCGAGAAGCUGCUGCAGGAGGAGCACAGCUGCGAGGACAAUAAGUACAAGAUCCUGGAGUCCAAGAUCGAUUCGACGAUGAAGAAGACCCUGCAGAUCCGCGAAGAGAAGAUCCAGGGUCUGGAGUCACGUCUGGAGGAGUCGGGCAACUUGAACAAACAGCUGCACGCCGAGCUCACAACGGUGAAGAGGAGCCUGGAGGCCCUGAAGCAGAGGCAGGAGGAGCAGGAGGCGCACUCGAACCACACCCAGCAGGCCCAGCUCAGACCCCCGCCCGAGAAGGGAGAGAGGGAGGCCACGGCCGAGCUCCUCAAACUCAAGGACAGGCUCAUCGACAUCGAGAAGAAUAACGCAGCCCUGCAGACGGAGAAGCAGCUGCACAGGGAGCAGCUGAGGCAGCUGGACACGCAGAACACGCAGCUGAACGCGCAGAUCCUGACCCUGCAGAGACAGGCCACUGCCCUGCAGGAGCACAACACCGCCCUGCACACGCAGGCCGCCAAGCUGCAGGUGGAGAACGCGACGCUGAACUCCCAGAGCGCGUCGCUGAUGGCCCAGAACGCCACGCUGCAGGGCCAGGUGCAGACGCUGGAGGGCGAGGCGGAGGCGCUGGAGGGGAGGUUCGAGGAGGCGCGGGCCGGGCGCGAGAGCGUCCUGCAGGACCACGAGAGGCUGCUGGCGGUCCACGAGCGGCAGGCGGCCGAGUACGAGCAGCUCAUCGCCCAGCACACCGCCCUCAAGGGCAGCCACCGCGGCCUGGAGCAGGAGCACCGCGCGCUGGAGAACAAGUACGCAAUGCUGCUGAUGCAGAAGACGGCCCUGGAGGAGCUGGAGGGGACGCUGCAGAGAGAGAGGGAGAGCCUGGGGGAGGAGAUCCACAAAAACGGCCUCAUCCUGGCAGAGAACCAGAGCCUGAGGGGGGAGGUGGACAGGGUGACGCAGGCGCACGAGCAGCUGACGCAGGAGUGCGACCGGCUGCAGCUGCAGACCAAGGAGCUGAAGACCUCGCUGAACGAGUCCCAGCUGGAGCUCAACCGCUGGCAGGCCCGCUACGACCAGCUGAAGGAGCAGCACCAGGGCCUGGACCUCUCCCUCACCAAGCUGGACAACCACUGCGAGCUGCUGACCCGUCUGAAGGGGAACCUGGAGGAGGAGAACCACCAUCUCCUGAGCCAGAUCCAGAUACUGAGCCAGCAGAACCAGACCCUGCUGGAACGCACCAUGGAGAGCAAGGAGCUGUACCACGAGGAGCAGAAACAGUACAUAGACAAGCUGAACGCUCUCCGACGCCAGAAGGAAAAGCUGGAGGAGAAGAUCAUGGACCAGUACAAGUUCUACGACCCGGCUCCUAAAAAGCGGAACCACUGGGUCGGGGCCAAAGCCCUGGCCAAAUUCAUCAAGCCCAAGAAGGAGAGCAGCCGCGAGAGGGUCCGGAGCGCCCCGGAGACGUCCCGGCCCACGUCGCCCACCGACGGCCUGGACGGCCCGCUGCCCCCGCCCCCGCCUCCGCCCCGGCAGCCCCGCCUCAGCGUGGACUCGGCGGAGGAGAGCCAAUCCCUGACCAUCUCCCCAGCGUACACCAGCAAAGGCCGGAGCGAGACCACCGGCUCCAGGGGAAGGGACGCGACCCGCUUGCCGGGGGGCGGUGGCGGCGGCGAGACCCCCAACGGCCCCGAGGAGCCGCUGGCCAGGCGGAGGGCCUCGGAGCUGGGGGUCCCGGCCUACUCCACCCCCACCAACGCCACCUCCACCCCCGGCCACGCUCCCAACUCCAGCUCCAGGCAUGGCCACAGGCCCAGGGGGCUGAGCUGCGACGAGGACCUACGGCUGCAGUCCCCAGACGCCACAUUCGGGAGCAGUGUCCAUGGAAACGCAGGUCACCGGCUCAGCUCUGCCGAGUUCAGCCGCAGUGCCUCCAGCAGCGACUCCCCUGUCCACUCCAAAGACUCUCUGGAGCGCCUGGACGCCCUGGCACUUGGGCACGGCCCCCGUGACUCCCUCCUGUCCCGUGCCUCCCCGCUCCCCUCUGAAACCCCCCCACCGAGGACCGGCCCCCGCCUGGCCCGCCGCCGCCCCUCGUCCCCCGGCAGCGAGAUGGUCACCCUGGAGGAGUUCCUUCAGGAGAGCAACACCCUCUCGCCCCCUACCGUGCAAACAGGCAGCCGCGAAGAUCUGAUGACCGACUACUUCAGCAAGGUCGGGGAGUGGCCCAGCACUGGACGCCCCACCCCUCUGAGGGACGGGGCCAAGACGCCCACCAGUUACGUCACUCCCACCGUGAAGGCCACGCCCCCCGGGGACCCCCGAGCCCUCAAACCGGGGCAGACCGUCAAGCCCAGCGUCCGCCAACCCGAGGCGGCCACUCCCCCCUGCCACUCGCAGACGCUGCCCAACCGGCCGGCCAGCGGGGGGCGGGCCCUUCCGCAGCACCACAGCGGGGGCCCCCUGAGGGGGACGAAGGGCGGCCUCAGCCGAACCUUCAGCCUGGCCUCGGCCGACCUCCUGCGCUCCAACGGGCCCGACAGCUACCGGCAGGAGGGGGGCGGCGGCGGGGCGCGGCCCGGGGGGGACGAGGGGCGGGAGGACGCGGGCGUCGCCAGGAGGGCGGGGGCCGGGCCCCGGGAGAGGCCGCAGUCCGCCAUCCUGGCCGGGUCCCUGCACCCCCUCCAGCCCGGAGAUUCGGGCCACGGCCGCCUGUCCCUGGUCCCGCCGAAGGACGAGCACCUCCUCCCCCCGCCCCAGCACCACUCGUCCUCCCUGUCCCUCUCCUCCAGCCCCACCCCCACCCCCCGGGACCGCUACGGGGUCCGGCGCACGGGGACGCCCCUCCACCACCGCGGGGAGGUCGCCAUGGUGACGCCCGUGCGGGCGGUGCCGGCCCUGCGUCAGGACGACAGGGAGGAAACCCCGGAGGCCCCGCCGGCCGAAUCGCCCCUCGCCAAGAAGUGGGAGGGGGGUGGAGGGGGUGGGGGCAACUGCAGCAUGGAGGAGCACCCAAAAAGCACCCCAGCCUCCCCGGACCCCAACAACGACCCUCAGACAGUGUGGUACGAGUACGGCUGUGUGUAGAGGAGGCUCGCCCUAUUCUCACUGCAUCUGCAGCAAGUCCUGCUCUUAGCACUGUGCUCUAGGUCACCCUCCUUGUCCAAGGGGGGAGAAGGGGGGGGGACAUUCAGUUUGUAUGUAAACUUCAUUACGCUACACCCAAAGAGCACAGACUGAAAGACCUCAUAGCCGCCGACAGGAAGCGCUUUACCUGCAGGAAAUUGCCGCGGUUUAGCGUAUGUAGAUGCAGCCGGUCCCUCACUUUGACCUCUUUUUCCAGGAUUCAGCAAGGUCGUAUCACCUUAUACGGUCUUUCCGCACCUUUAAUACAAAGCUUUGACUCAUGUCUUCGUGGCAACUGAGCUGAUUGGCUUAUCUUAAACGCGGUCGCCGGACUGACCUGAGAUGCGUCAGUUUAGAAAUGACCGGUCGGGAAAAAGGGCAAAACGGAGAGAAGAACACUGACAAAACAGACUGGAAAGUAUUAUCGCGCUGGUCUCUGCUUAUAGCUCUUGAUUUUCAGCUCCUUGCCUGCAGCGGCGUUCUUCUGGCCAAGUUCUAUUCUGAAUCAGAAAAACAAAAAAGUUUGGGAAAACGGAAGAAGUGCCACUCCCAUCCUUGCGCGGUAAUUACAGCCUCCGUUGCGGGAAGCGGAGGACAGUGGUCGUCCCAUCUUUUCGGCCACCCCUUGCGUGGGAUUACUGGAAAUGCUCUCGUCUUUCUGGAACGAUCUUUUCUUUCUCGACUGAGCUUUUCUUGUGCUUUGCGGGCAACCUCUGUUUGUCAAACAUCGGACUCGUUUCAAAAGAAUCUUUUGACGGAGCCUGUAAUUGGCGCCAACGGAAAGACGUGUUCCUGUUUUUUUUUAAAAACGGUCAGGCUCCCGGUCACCCUUCCCCUAGCACUAUGGCCUCCGCCUCCUUCCGCUUUUCCUGUCAGUGCGAGCCGUGUUGAAUGUUGUACAGAAGGAUCUGUUUAAGCUAUCAUGUAAAUACAGAGGUUUUUGAAUGCAUUUUCAAAGCACUAAGUAUGUAAUGAAGUAGAAACCGAGUUUGAACACGAGUGCGUUUUUUUCGUUUAGCCAAUAUUUAUGUUGUGUGUGGCUUUUUUGUUUAUUUUCCUUUCUUUUAAUUUUUUUAUUUUCAUUUUUUGUUUCACUUGCAACAUGAUUCACAUAGGCCCCAAGCCCCCGGUGAAGAAAAAAAAAGUAUUUAUUGUUCUGGUCCACACAAUUAUAUUUGAAAAUUGCACUGAAAUUGGUGUUUCUCUUGCAUUGAGCUGGCCUCACAAAGUGAAGCUCAAAACAGCGUGGGAGUAAUGGGUAGCUGUGGCUGAGCCAAUUCUGAGCCACUUGCCUCGCAUUGUACGUGGUAGCUUAUCUGCAAAUGAUACGCUUGCAUUGAAUCACUCAAAUGGGUGUGCAAUGCCCUGUUGAAUUUCUUAGCAGAUGCAAACCUGAGCCUCCCGCAUGUUGCAUUGUGCGUGAUAGCUUAUCUGCAAAUAAUACUCCUGCAUUGUAUUUCUCAAAUGGAUGUACAAUGCCCUGUUGAAUUACUUAGCAGAUGCAAAACCAUAAUUUUAAGUAAUUGCUUGACAUCUAAAAAAAAUUAAUAAACAUUUUAAACAGUUAAUAAACAGUUUGAAUGUACAAGAGCAAUGGCCCUGCUCAAAGUAAUGUCCAUAUGGCCUAGAAUCCUGUGUUGCGAAAGCAUCGUUCGCAGUGUUUGCAUCUUAAGUAGACAGACCCUGUGUAGAAAGGUGAUUCAAAAGAAAAUGCGAUUCGAUGUCUUCCAUAGACAAAACAUCAGACACAAUCUCCAGAAGAAAACCCUUCCCCCGCGGUCUCCGGGGACUGUUUGUGGUUUUUCGAUAUCAAAAGAAGGCACUCGAAAGAUAUCGAUCUGCCCCAAUUCUCUACGUCAGCCAUCUCCCGAGAGUACGUCAAACUAUGUCCCAGAAUAAUCACAAGACACAAACGCAUCUAUCACCAUGACGUUUACAAACUUCAGAAAGCAGAAAAAUGUGUUUAUAGGGGACCGGCACAUCUGCAUAUGUCGAUGCUAGAUCAAUAAGAGGAACUCCCUAUCAGUCUCUCUUUUUAACUGUUUCAGUGCUGAGCUUGCAAAUGAAAUUAUGGAGAUUUCCGACUGUGCAGAACUACUGUAUGAUUUGGAGCAGUACAAUUUUGAAAUCAGCAUUUUAAAAUGAUUUUUUAACACUAAAUACUAUGCUCUCUGUGAAUAUUACAAUUUCCCACGAAGCCUCGUAAAUUGUAAAAUGAUUGUACCUUUUCUAUCAAUGGAAUCUUUGCUGUAGUUGAUUUAGAAGGGCGGCGCGUUUGUUCUUUUUGUCGUUUUCUUUUUGUUUUUGAAACUACUGCAACCUUUGUAAUAAAGAUGUUCGAAAUGUC